AUGCAAUCAUCGGCUGAUUGUCUGACAAAAGACGCGUACGACUGGCCCAUCAUACCUGGCUAUCCCUGUCCGCCGCGAGAGAUCGCCCGCACGAAGUGUUUGGGACCCAAAGACUGCUUAUAUCCCAAUCCCCGCGAUUGCAGUCGUUUUAUACAGUGUAACGACGCCUCCAUCGCGUACGACAUGCCCUGCGCGCCGGGAGGUCUACACUUCAGUCCACGCACUAAGACUUGCGAACGUCCAGAAGUGGCCGGUUGUGUGAUCGUUAAGCCCACGACUACUCAAAGACCUACUCCCAGACCAACCACAACUACCACUACCCAAAAGCCGACUCCGAGACCCACGACUACUACAACUCAAAAGCCUACUCCCAGACCUACAACCACUACAACAGAAAAGCCUACUCCAAGGCCUACCACUACUACCACCCAAAAGCCGACUCCGAGACCCACCACAACCACGACUACUCAAAAGCCUACUCCCAGGUCAACUACAACUGAAAAGCCUACUCCCAGACCCACUACGACCCAGAAACCCACUCCAAGACCCACUACUACUACCACUGAAAAGCCAACACCCAGACCCACCACUUGGUGA